AGCAUAGGUCAGUCCAACGAAAGCCACCCCUAGUUCAAGAUGAAGUUUCUGCCUCUGUUCGCUGUUUUCAUAAUCCUGGGCUGCUCCUCCUUCUGCAGCGGAGCUGCUGUGGCCAAGCCCACGGGUCAACCCGGUUGCCAAACGGCCGAGGAGCUGGAGGUGGCAUUCUACGCCCACUUCUACCUGAAGAGCUCCUUCUGGGUGUGCUCCACCCAGGGUGUUCCCGCUACCCUCGCCCAGUGCCCCGUUGCCUCCGCCUGGUUGGAUUCCGCCAAGGCCUGUGUUCCGUGGCCCCAGUGGGUGUGGUCGCCCACUGUCCAGCCGCCCAGCCAACCCGAAGUUGCUGCCUAGAAUUGGAGAUUUAACAAAACAAAAUAAAUCAAAUAUGCAGUAAUAUUAA